GCUCCGCCGCCGCCGCCGCUAGCCGCCUCCGUCGCUCGCCUUGCAAGAUGGCGGUGCCGCUGCUGACGACGAAGAUCGUCAAGAAGCGGGUCAAGCACUUCAAGAGGGCGCACAGCGACCGCUACAUCGGCCUCAAGCCAAGCUGGCGCAGGCCAAAGGGUAUCGAUUCUCGUGUCAGGAGGAAGUUCAAGGGAGUUACCUUGAUGCCCAAUAUUGGGUAUGGUUCUGACAAGAAGACCAGGCACUACCUGCCCAACAAGUUCAAGAAGUUUGUGGUGCACAAUGUCUCUGAGCUGGAGCUGCUUAUGAUGCACAACAGGACGUACUGUGCUGAAAUCGCACAUAACGUGUCCACACAGAAGCGCAAGUCGAUAGUCGAGCGUGCUGCUCAGCUUGACAUCGUGGUCACCAACAAGCUUGCCAGGCUCCGCAGCCAGGAGGAUGAGUGAAAUGUUUCGAACAGUAGUAAUUUUUGGAUGGAUUCGCCUGUUGUAGACCUAAUAUCCUGCACCAGCAAUUCUGAUAUCGUUUGUAUUUGCCUCAGGGAUUCGACACUGUUAAUCAUCUCGCUAUCGAUAAUGAUUAUGCUCUCUUGCUCUAAGUACAGCUGUUCGGAUAUUAAUGAGUGUGGAGUGUCUUUGUUUAUCA